AUGGCGCCCGUCGAGUUACAGAUCAUGAGCGAUCUGCAUUUGGAGACCCACCCUUCGUACGAUUUCAAUUUUCCUCGAGCAGCACCAUACCUUGCCCUCCUCGGCGACAUUGGUCACGUCGAGAAAGAAGGCUUGCUCAACUUUCUUGAACGACAACUUAGCCGAUACCUUGUCGUUUUCUUCCUCUUCGGAAACCAUGAGCCAUACCAUCUGAGCAUGGAGUUUGCUAAGAGCCGAGUUAAAGCCUUUACCCUCAAGAUGGACAAGAAGAAAAACAAGUCUCCCUCUACCGGCCGUUUCGUCUUCCUUGACCAGACCAGAUACGAUGUCGACGACGAAACGACGGUGCUUGGAUGUACUCUUCACUCAAGAGUCACCGCGGAGCAGGCUCGUGCCGUAUCUUCUCGACUGGUCGAUUUUCGGGAUAUUCUGCAUUGGGAUGUUUCUGAGCACGUGGAUGCUCAUCUAGAAGAUGUCGCAUGGCUCAACAAAGAGGUAGCCGAAAUUUCAAGCAACGAGCCCGGCCGGAGGAUCUUGAUACUUACGCACCACAGCCCUUGCGUUGACACUCGAGCCAACAAUCCGAAGUAUCAGACCAGUGAAGUGAGCUCGGGAUUUGUGACGGACUUGAGCGCUGAGGAGUGUUGGCAGAAUCGAUCAGUAGCGUUGUGGGCCUUCGGCCAUACCCACUUCAACUGCGAUUUCUGUGAGGAGGGAGGGAAGAGAGUGGUCGCGAAUCAGAGGGGCUAUUUCAUGUUCCCGCAACGUACGUUUGAAGCAGGCAAGGUUUUCAAUUUGGUAGAGUAG